AUGACAACACACGAUAUGCCGGGCGGUACCCUUGGAGCGGUGCGUCUUGCUAAUAAUAUGAAAGACGUUGCAUCUAUAUCAGGGUCACUCAUUAGUUGUGGCCUUGAUAUGGAACAAUCGGGAUUGCGGAAUUCCAGAGAAACGGAUGGAAAAGAUGAUAGGACCAACGAGGAACGGACGCAAAACGCUUCCAUAUUAACUAUGCCCACAGAUUGUGUGCCUAUGGUGACAUCAGUUGAUGCCAUUACCAAAGAACUAAAUGAUUUGUCUAUUGGUAAUUUGGAAGAUUCGCAUUGUAGUACUCCAAACUCCGAAACUUCGAGCCUGGUUGAAAGGCAAUGGUCAUGUGAAAAACAUAGCUCCAAAGAUGAUAGACGAUGUAAAUUCAAGUUCGACUCUUUGGCGAUUAUGAGCUUCAACUGCCUUGCACGAAGCCUUGUGGAUAACAAGUACUUGGACAAUGACCGUGAUGUAAUGUCUUGGAAUAUUCGCAAAUUUGCGAUACUUGACGUUUUACGGCAUUCUAAUGCAGACGUUGUCUGUUUGCAGGAAGUUGACGAGGAAGAAUAUAAUAACUUUUUCUUGGGUGAAUUCGAACGUUUGGGAUACGGUGCAAUCUUCAAAAAGAAGAAGUCGCCGAAACUCGAUGGUGUCUGCGUCUUGUACAAGGAAGAUCGAUUCGAUCUGUUGUACCACAAGGAUGUAGAGUUUGCCGUACAUGACGCACACUACGAUCGACUGCAGGUUGCCGUGGUUGUGGCAUUGAUCGACAAAGCCACUAAACUGGUAGAUGACGAUAAAGCAGAAGUACGCGAUAUAUAUAUUGUCGCUAAUACACAUUUGCUAUUCAACAAGAACCGUGGUGAUGUUAAAUUCGCACAGCUGUGUGCUAUGCUUUCAGCUAUAAAGGAUAUGGAAAAUCUUGCUAUCGAGAGUUUGGGUGAUACUGCCUCAACUAACCCCAAACCGGCAAUUAUCAUGUGCGGUGACUUUAACUUUACGCCACAAAGCCUGCUAUACCAUUUCCUGAGUCAAGGUUAUGUAGUUCUACGUAACUGCGAUGUUAAACUUAUGUCCGGCCAAUAUCUGAUGUUCGAUACAACUUAUAAGACUGAGCAAGCAGGUCAUGCAAAAUCUGGUAUAACUGUUGGAGAUUUCGAAGGAAACUAUAUAUCGGAGAUAUACGGUACAGCGGAUUGCAGCGAAUGGUUGGAGUCACUCUCUCGUACAACGCGUACUGACUUUUUUACAAAAAUGCCAGAUUGGAUGAAGAAUGAUGGUAGUGUCCGUCGUCUUAUAGCCAAUUAUUUGCACGCGGUAUCUGAGCAUGAGUCUGGGCAACCCGCUAUCGAUAACCAGAAAUGUGAAGGUACAGACGAUAAAGAGUUGGGUUCAAUCGCUAAUGACCUACUUUUCUGCCCAUUUAAAUUCACCAGUGCGUACAGUGUAUUCGACCCUGGACUUAAUCGCUGCAACGAGCCUGCUUUCACAGCAUUCCAUGGCUGGCAAAGGGGCUGUGUCGAUUACAUCUGGUACACUCGUGAAGAACUUGAUGUGGAAUCGAUAUAUGAGCUCCCAGCGUACCGAGAUGUAACCGAGAAUGGUAACUUACCAAAUAAAGGAUGGCCUUCGUCAGAUCACUUUAGCCUAGUGUCACAAUUUAAGAGACACUCCGCCUAA